AGUGUCAUAAAUGUGCCUACGCCACCGCCUUCACCUUCACGGCCUCACCUUUCACCUUCACCUUAAUCUUCGGUCUCAUCAGAAAGAAGUGAUCUAUUCCUCUAUAACCCUUUGUUACACAGGAACAUCAUUAUGUUAGGUUCAUCAGGCAUGGCAGAAGAUGCUGGUAUGUUCAUGGUUCAUCAAACAAUUGGCAGUGUUUUGUGUUGCAAAUGUGGAAUUCCAAUGCAACCAAAUGCUGCUAAUAUGUGUGUGAAGUGUUUGCGCUCAGAAGUUGAUAUUACAGAAGGACUAUUGAAGCGUCUAGUGCUUGUGCAUUGCCCUGAGUGUGAAAGUUACUUGCAGCCACCAAGGAGUUGGGUCAAACUACAGCUUGAAUCAAAGGAGCUGCUGACAUUUUGCUUGAAAAAAUUGCAGAAGAAUUUAAAUUCGAAUAAAGUAAGGCUGGUACAUGCUGAAUUUAUUUGGACUGAGCCCCACUCCAAGAGGAUAAAAGUCAAGGUCAAAGUUCAGAAGGAGGUUCUGAAUGGAGCAAUUCUCGAACAGUCUUAUCCAGUAGAGUAUGUUCAACAGGAACAUAUGUGUGAAUCUUGUUCUAGGGUGCAGGCUAACCCUGACCAGUGGGUUGCUGCUGUGCAACUCAGGCAACAUGUUUCUCACCGGCGUACAUUCUUUUAUUUGGAGCAGCUUAUUCUGAAGCAUGGUGCUGCUGCCAGUGCUAUAAGAAUCAAGCAGAUGGAUCAAGGUAUUGACUUCUUUUUCUCCAACAGAAGUCAUGGAGUCAAAUUUGUGGAGUUUGUAGGGAAGGUUGCCCCUGUGAGGAGCCGUCACGAUAAGCAGCUUGUUUCUCAUGAUCCAAAGAGUAACAACUACAACUACAAAUAUACAUUUUCUGUUGAAAUCAGCCCCAUUUGUCGUGAGGAUUUAAUCUGUCUGCCUCCUAAAGUUGCUGUUAGUUUGGGAAAUAUUGGUCCUAUUGUGAUUUGUACUAAGGUUACCAACAGUAUUGCUUUGCUCGAUCCAUUUACCUUGAGGCACUGCUUUUUAGAUGCUGAUCAGUACUGGAGGACAUCCUUCAAGUCUUUACUUACUAGCAGACAAUUGGUGGAAUAUAUAGUGCUGGAUGUCGAGGUUGUUUCAUCCGAGGUUACCAUUGGUGGCACAAAAUAUGUUUUGGCAGAUGCUCAAGUGGCUCGUGUGUCAGAUUUUGGAAAGAACGACACAAUAUUUAACGUCAAGACUCAUCUGGGCCAUCUUUUAAGUCCUGGUGAUUAUGCUCUUGGUUAUGACCUGUAUGGGGCUAACAGUAAUGACAUGGAAUUGGAGAAGUACAGAGGACUUGUCCUUCCUGAAGCAAUUCUAAUAAAGAAGAGUUAUGAAGAGAAGCGCCAGAAGAAACGUGGGAAACCUCGUUCAUGGAAGCUCAAAUCACUUGACAUGGAGGUUGAUGAUAAGGGUAGAGUUGAUCAAGACAAAAUGCACUCAGAAUAUGAACAAUUCUUAAAAGAUCUGGAAGAAAACCCUGAUCUGAGGUUCAACAUAUCAUUGUACCGAAAUAGAGAGUACCACCCAUCAGAGAUGGCAUCAGUGACGGAUGGUGAUGAGCUACCUUCUGUUCCAUUGGAGGAGUUGUUGGCUGAUCUUGAUCUGAGUGAGGAAGAAGAUGAGGAGGAUAACAUGACGGAAUGAACAAAAGCUUCUUCUAUCCUUAUAUAGUACUUUAUGGAAUCUUGGUUUUGUUAAUGUCAAAGGUUAUUUUAUUUUUGAUUUCCCAUUUUGUUGUGUUAAUUAUCUCUAUUGAUGGUUUGUUUAUUGAAAGAAUGAAAAGAUGGUAAUUUUGCAGGCAGUAGUAACAAUACAUAUAAAUGGCUAUUGUGUUAGCGUUCUUUUAUUAUUAUUGGUAGUUGAGUCUAUUACACUGUUCUUCAACCAUGGCGCUUGGGUUGCCAUGCCAUGGCAAGAGACAGUAUAAUUGUCGUCUCAGACGAGGACAAGAGCAAAGAUCUUACUCAUCAUGUUUUGCGUGAACUGUCUUGCUCCCUUUUCUAUUUAAAAUUUUCAGAAUUUUUAAGGAAAUAAAAAAGAUUUUCUCUUAUGUGCUAGAUGAAUGCAUUUAUAAAGGGUAUGGCGGUACUGUCAUGUGUUUCUGCAUCCCAGCCAAGGGAUGAGGAUUUUUUUGUUUCUUUUCCUGCAUGUAGUAUUUGCUAUUUGCUAUCGACUAUAGGGAAAGAUUAGUAAUCAAAUAGAACUCUUCAAUGAAAAGAAAAAUAGUUUUCAAAACUUGAGGUUUACGGGUUGAUUUUGUUCCAAUAUAGUGUGUGACCUUCAUUAACCAAGUUCUUCGUGUUAACCUGAGCUUAAUAAAAUUAAUUGGGCCAAAGACAUGAACGAACGAAACAAAUUUUAAAAUAUCUAAUCCAACUAGAAUAUAUAUUAGGUGGCAAAUCAAAUAGGGUUUAAGUUCAACUUAACUCGACCAAUAAGUACCUCCUAUGCUAGUUACUUUUCCAAAUUGGAUUUUAUCUAGCAAGAUCCCUUAUGAAAACUUGGGCUAUUGUUUUAACUUCAUAUUGACAUCAUGACAUGGACAUUCAGUACACAUUCACCCCUUUCUGGCACCUUAAGUUCCGAAGCUUUCUCCAAAUGCCAUCUACUGUAACACCCUAUGAUAGCAUAUGAUAUGCUGACUUAAUCGUAUACUUAUCAUGCCUAUCCCAAUGCAACAACUGAGUGUCAAGACGUCACCGAGAGCCAAUGGGGACGCACAUAAUUUGAUCAUCUUCGAAGGGUAGAAAGAGGGAACAAUAGUAUCUAGCCUCCACUUUCAAAGAUCUUGAUGAAAAAGAAAACUCAUUCAAAUUCUCAUUCCCCGGAAGACAAGAACUCCAAACUCUAAAGCCAGGUUGGCAAGCAGUUCCUAUGACCGAUUCUCCACCUUGAUCCUUUGGUUAUAAAAUAAUUUCGAUCUCGAGCUCUCAACAAGCUUCUCCACCCAAAGCUUGGUUCAGUCCUUGUUCAUAGUAAAAGCUCAAAUUUUAUUCGAAAAAAUUUGUAAGGAUGCUAUGUAACGAUCAUCGAAAUUGGACCCUCUUAAUUCAAUGACCAAUGAUCGAUCUUAUUGUAUUCACAGUGAAGUAAACUAUACGUGCUUUUCCGUGAGAAUAUACAAUUUUGGUUCUUUUAACGUGAGAAUAUACAUUUUUUGUUCUUUUAAAAAAAGACUAGGAAGUUACCAAAGGCAACAGUAAUUCCCGUUGCUGGGCAUUCAAAGACAAUAAAAUUGUAUCAAACGCACUACGUGGUAUUUGCCGCCCAAGCUGCCUCAGCAAACUAUUCAUCUGCUUGAUUGUUUGUGCUGUAGCUAAUUUGUCUCCCUGAUCAAUAACCUACAAGAAAAAUAAUUUCAGCCAGAUAUAAGAGAAAAUAAGGUAAUCAAUACUCACUAAAUUUUGAAUGAAUGUUUAUAUAGUGUAAGAAAUCAGCAAAAUUGUUUCGUGAGAUAAACCCAACAAAAUAAAUUCAAAAUUGAUGAAAAAUCUCAAUGAAGUUCAGCUUACAUUUUGUGACAUGAUCAACAAGCUGGUAGUCAAAAGAUAGUGUUCAUCGCAUCAGAGCAUAUCUAGCCAC